AUGACCAGGGAGGUGAAGCAGCUGCUGAAGGAGAGAAACUCCACCUUCCAAGCAGGUGACAGGGCUCUCUAUAGCACAGCCCACCCAAACCUGAAGAGAGGCAUCGGGAAGGCCUUCAGGAGGAGGAUUGAUGACCAAACGGACGCCAACAACAGCAGGCAGCGUGCCUAUGAAGGCUCUUCUGGGUAUGUCCCCGAAAAAGACUUUCCAGGAGAAGGGAAAAGAGAGGCGGUCUCCUUGAGAGCCUACCUGAGAGGUGGUGAUUUUUCCUCCUUGUCAGGGCAAGCAGCAGAGGCCCGUAUGCGGUGGAUCACUCCAUUGGCCCCGGCUAGAUGUGGCCCCAUGGAUCACCUGCAUCCGCCCGUGUGUUGGUUUGUCCCCUCGCGACUGAGAGCAGGCAAGGGGGGUGUGGACUGGGGAAACAUCCGCGUGGUCGCUCAAACUCCUCGCAUCGAGCACACCGCACUCCGUUUGGCGCUAUUAAACUGCCGGUUGGUCACCAACAAAACCUUCCUUCUCAACGACUUUUUUGCCUCUAAAAAACUGGAUUUUAUGUUCCUGACGGAGACAUGGCUUCAAGUGGCUACAUGGGUUGGAGGAGGCUUUAUUGUUGGCACUUCAGAGAUGGUGUACACCCCAUCGAUGGGACUAAUCGGGGGACUGUUGACAGUGGCGGCAACCAGCAUGACAUUAGUUGUAGGUGGCCUUCUGUUUGCCAAAGUUAUGAGACAAAGAAAAUAUGUGACGAUGCUCGACCCAUUCCACGUCAAGUAUGGAAAAGUCGUCGUAAUCAUUCAGAGCCUGAUGUCAAUUCUCAUUGAUCUUCUCUGGAUUCCAUCAACACUUUCUGGUUUAGGUCUCACCAUGAGUGUGAUUCUGGAUUUGACCAUCCCAGUGAGCAUCUGGAUCUCUGCUGCUGUGGUCAUAAUUUACACCCUGCUGGGAGGUCUGUACUCUGUGGCCUACACAGACGUCAUACAGCUCAUCCUCAUAUUCAUCAGGUUGUUUUUGUUUCUUCUUGUUUUGAUCCAUUCUACAGCUACAUGGGUUGGAGGAGGCUUUAUUGUUGGCACUUCAGAGAUGGUGUACACCCCAUCGAUGGGACUAAUCGGGGGACUGUUGACAGUGGCGGCAACCAGCAUGACAUUAGUUGUAGGUGGCCUUCUGUUUGCCAAAGUUAUGAGACAAAGAAAAUAUGUGACGAUGCUCGACCCAUUCCACGUCAAGUAUGGAAAAGUCGUCGUAAUCAUUCAGAGCCUGAUGUCAAUUCUCAUUGAUCUUCUCUGGAUUCCAUCAACACUUUCUGGUUUAGGUCUCACCAUGAGUGUGAUUCUGGAUUUGACCAUCCCAGUGAGCAUCUGGAUCUCUGCUGCUGUGGUCAUAAUUUACACCCUGCUGGGAGGUCUGUACUCUGUGGCCUACACAGACGUCAUACAGCUCAUCCUCAUAUUCAUCAGCUUGUGGGUCUGUGUCCCCUUUGUCCUGAUGAGUCCCUACACCCUGGAUAUCUCAAAGACGCUCCUGAACAACACUUUGCAUGCACCAUGGAUUGGUACCAUAGAGCCGAGGAAGGGCUGGAAAACGAUGGACACUUUUUUAAUAAUGGCACUGGGAGGUCUGGGAUAUCAGGCCGUCCACCAGAGGAUCUUGUCCGCUUCUUCUGCAUUCUCAGCCCAGCUUUCAUGCUACGUUGGUGCUUUCUGUACCUUUGUUUUUGGAAUUCCACCAUUAUUGAUCGGUGCAGUGGCUGCAUCCACAGACUGGAACCUGACUUCAUAUGGAUCUCCAUCUCCAUUUGAACGUGGCAGUGCUGCUUUAGCGCUGCCUGUCACCCUGCUAUAUCUCACCCCGUCCUACAUCUCCAUCAUUGGCAUUGGAUGUGUCGCUGCUGCUGUGAUGUCAUCUGCUGACUCUGCUUUGCUUUCUGCAGCUUCCAUUUUCUCCUUCAACAUCUACAAGAACAUCCUCCGACCUCAGGCGUCAGACAGAGAGAUCCAGUGGGUGAUCCGUGUUGCUGUGGUGGUAACAGGUGUGGUUGGAACAUCACUUACCAGCCUGAAAAGCAGUAUCAUCAUUUUCUGGUUCCUCUGCAGUGAAGUGGCAUCCAUCUUCAUCUUUCCCAAGCUCGUCUGUGCCAUCUUCUUCAACAUCUCCAACAGUUACGGGAGCCAUUAUGGGCUUCCUGGUGGGGUUGCUGAUUAGACUGUUGUGUGGUGUGAGCCGUUGGUUGGACUGCCACCAGUCCUCCACUUCCCAGGAUGCACUCUUGAGGACGGUCUUUAUGUCCAGUAUUCACCAGUUAAAACCAUCUGCAUGUUGUUGGUCUUUGCAGCCAAUGUAUUGUUCUCUUAUCUCACUUCUCUGUUCUUCAACAAAGACCUGCUUCCUCAGAACUGGGACAUCUUCAAAGUUAUAGCCACGAACUCACAGGAACCACCAAUACCAGCAAGUGGCAUAAAAGCAGAGAGUGAAAACCAACACCUGGAGAACCAAGAGGCCUCUGAGUCAAUGAUCAGCACCAGUUGUUAGUUUCAGUAUGUUUAUU